CUCUUUUCUUGUCUAUGUGUUCUUUCUUUCCCCCUUCUUCUUUUUUUGUAUCUUCUCGACACUCUUUUGUUUUCUUUUUCUGUUGAAGCGCGGCAGUUUGCCCAUAUUACGCCGCCAUGGCACCCAGAGUCAAAGAUGGGGAUGCCGUUGUUGCGGUGAAUGGAAAAUGGGUGUCCUGGAUCCACACCGGCUUUGCAUAUGCCGCCUUUUUUAGUGCUCUGCUGGUGGGCAUGGCAUUGCAUUUUAAGAAGAUUGUCCAAAACGAACAUUACGGCUACCCCGACGAAUGGUUUCCUUCCGUGUCCGCUACUAUCGGUGAUCGCUACCCUGAGCGCUCUUUUUUCCAGGUCUUCAUCGCUCUCACUUCCGGUCCUCGGUUCGCCCUCGUUUGCCUGUGGUAUAUCCUGACUGCUCGCCCUAACUCGAACCUGCCCAAGUUGGUCGCUGGUGUUGGUGUGUUUCGGACUUUCACAUGCGGAGGUUGGACAUAUGUUACAUCGACCGACGACCAUGAUUGGCACGACAUCUUCAUGAUUUCCUACUUGGUUGCGACUUUGCCAUGGACUCUGGGAUGUCUUGCGCUCAGCCCUAACAACCGUCGUGCUGUUAAAUACCGGAAGAUUAUGGCCAGCUUGUUCUUUGGUACUCUGGUUCCAUUGAUCUACUUUUUCAUCCAGCACAAGGUGCACAAGGUCCCUGGUGCCUACACCAAGUACGCCUUUUUCGAGUGGUCUCUCGUUCUGUUCGAUGUUGGAUUCGAUGCGGUCACUGCACUUGACUUUGACGCAUUCGAAAUUGUGGUCAGGGAUGUGAAGGGGGUCAGUAGAGGGCAGUUGAAGACUACCGCGGACUCGGUUCUUGAAAAAGAGAAGGGCAAGCCCGUUGGAAACACGUUCGGUGAAGGUUUCUUCUGGGCGGAAGUCAUCGAUGCUGCUGCGGAUGCCUACACCGGGUUUGUCUUUUGGACUGUUUGGACUGCCCUCGGUGUCUUGGUCUGGUACUUCCCUCUCUGGCACAUGGGUAUUUCUGGAUAUGAGUUGGCCAUUCUCAGCUAUGUCUCGCCGGUGAUUCUCGUCAUCCCCUCCGUGAGGUCCCUUGCUACGAAGAACCUUCGCCUUCUUCAUUUCCUCUCCAUUUCCGGUCUUCUGGCCUACAAGUUCCAAAACCCCGCAAACCGACUUUUCAUGACCAUGUUUUCCGUCGCUUGUACCUCUAUCGCAUGGUCUUGCACCUGGUAUGCGGAGAGAACCCAGACUACACGACUUGAAUCUCGGAUCUUUGGAUGGGGUAUCGGCUUGAUCAUGUCCAGCGUUGCCAAGUUUGCUUGCUCGACCAACAACCCAGUCUGGCCUACUAUGCAUGCCGAAAAUGGCGGCUGGAACAAGCUGGGUCUCUUCCUCGCUGUUCUCGCUGUUCUGAGGGCACACAGAACACGAGCACCCGUUAGUGGAGGGGACUAUUUCCCCUCGAGCGGUAAGAAGGGUUCUCCAGUGUUGGCCGGUUUGGGUAUCGGAGGUCUCGUCUUUUCGAUGCAUGCCCUUCUUUCUGACUCCAGCACUAUGAUAUCUUGGGUCUGGGAGGGUUACCCCGUACGAGGUCCUAUUGCCGUACCUCACGGUGCGCUUACGAUCUUUGCCAUGGGUGCUGGACUUGUGUAUGGACUUUUCAACCCCCGCGUGGCUGGAAGCUGGACUGCCUAUGGUAUUGGUUCUGUUGGUGCUGCAUUGCUCACAGGCUACAGCCACUGGACUGGAUACUAUGGUGCUCUGGCUCUGACGUUCUACCUCUUGGCCGUUACCCCAGUUUUGAUUUCUUCGGCGGUCCGUCAUUCCCCGGGAACUACCUUUGGUGUCGGAUUCCUGCUAUUCAUGUUCCUGGUUCUUUUCCAUGUCUGGGUUGUCGCCUACGCCUUUGUUCCUGGAGGACCCCUCGUCCGUGAGCACACUGACUGGCUUAUGACCAUCACCAUGCUCUCUAUCGGAGCUGGUGUCUUCUCGGCUGCAACUUCGAACUCGUCCAGCCCUAAGCCCAAGUCCGUCAGCCCCAACAGCAAGAGACAGCGCUCGUACUAUGUUUACGUUCUCGCGGCAUUGCAACUUCUGUCCAUCUCGGUGGCCUACCUGCGUUUCCCCACCAACGACUACACUCCUUAUCACAAGGAGGACAAGGUUGCCACCCUUGGUAUCUGGACUGUCCACUUCGGUCUCGACAAUGAUAUGUGGAACUCGGAGCGUCGCAUGCGUGAUGUGAUCCAGGAGCUUGAGAUUGACGUCAUCGGUCUUUUGGAGUCGGAUAACCAGCGCAUCAUCAUGGGCAACCGCGAUGUUACCCAGUUCCUCGCGGAAGACCUGGGCAUGUACGCAGACUAUGGUCCGGGCCCCAACAAGCACACUUGGGGAUCUGCUCUGCUCUCCAAGUUCCCUAUUGUUAACUCCACCCACCACCUUCUCCCCUCUCCCGUUGGUGAGUUGGCCCCGGCCAUCCACGCUACUCUUGAUAUGUAUGGAGAGCUUGUCGAUGUUGUUGUCUUCCACUCUGGCCAAGAAGAAGAUCCGGAAGACCGUCGUCUCCAAACAGAAUAUCUCUCCAACCUGAUGGGCUCAUCGCCACGUCCCGUGGUCUUGCUGAGUUACCUGGUCACCAAGCCACUUGAGGGCAACUACAACACCUAUGUCAGUGAUGUUAGUGGCAUGAAGGACAUCGACCCUACCGACUGGGAUAGAUGGUGUGAAUACAUCCUUUACAAGGGCCUGAAGCGAACAGGCUACGCCAGAGUCAGCCGAGACAGCAUUACGGACACGGAGAUUCAGGUUGGCAAGUUUGUCAUUGGGGAGCCUGAACCCGAGAACGAGAUGAUGAUCCCUGAGGGAAUGGUUCCUGAGGGCCGCCGGUUUCCGGCACUGUUCCGUGGAAAUGGUGUCCGUGGACACCGCUACCACGUCUUUAACGAGCCAAGAUACUGGCAAUAAGCGAUUCCGUAUACUUGCCAAAGGGCUACAUUCAUCAUUCAUCACCCUUCAACUGACCAUCGCAAAGAUGGGCUCACCGCGUCGCUGAGUAUAGUAUUUAUUAAGGGACCAUUGGCAUUCCGAUAUUUGAAUGACUGGUCGCCAGCGAUUAUUAGCUAUGACUAUUAUUAUCUAUGUACUCUUGUGAAUCUUCAAUCGGAAAUAAUUUGUUCUCAGUUCGCCUUGCUACUGGCUUGCCACUCUU